GAGGCUGCAGGAGGCGGCCUGGCUGCGGGCGCGGCGGCUCUCGCCGAGCCCCGGCCCCCUCCCGCCGCGAUGGCGGACCCCGCGGAAUGCAGCAUCAAGGUGAUGUGCCGGUUCCGGCCCCUCAACGAGGCGGAGAUCCUCCGGGGGGACAAAUUCAUCCCCAAAUUCAAAGGCGAGGAGACCGUGGUGAUUGGGCAAGGGAAGCCAUAUGUCUUCGAUAGAGUGCUGCCUCCCAGCACGACCCAAGAGCAGGUUUACAAUGCGUGUGCAAAGCAAAUUGUCAAAGAUGUCCUUGAGGGUUAUAAUGGGACGAUUUUUGCGUAUGGACAGACGUCCUCAGGAAAGACACACACCAUGGAGGGGAAGCUACAUGACCCUCAACUCAUGGGGAUCAUUCCGAGGAUUGCACAUGACAUCUUUGACCACAUCUAUUCCAUGGAUGAAAACCUAGAGUUUCACAUCAAGGUUUCCUAUUUUGAGAUCUACUUGGACAAAAUCAGGGACUUACUUGAUGUAUCCAAGACGAACCUGGCUGUUCACGAAGAUAAGAACAGAGUCCCGUACGUGAAGGGGUGUACCGAGCGGUUUGUGUCCAGCCCCGAGGAAGUCAUGGAUGUGAUAGAUGAAGGCAAAGCAAACCGACACGUGGCUGUAACAAACAUGAAUGAACACAGCUCUAGAAGUCACAGUAUCUUCCUGAUUAAUAUUAAACAAGAGAAUGUAGAGACCGAAAAAAAGCUCAGUGGGAAGCUUUAUCUAGUUGACUUGGCUGGGAGCGAAAAGGUCAGCAAGACCGGUGCCGAGGGAGCUGUGCUCGAUGAAGCUAAAAAUAUCAAUAAAUCUUUGUCUGCUCUUGGAAACGUGAUCUCUGCCUUGGCAGAAGGGACAAAAACACACGUGCCAUACCGGGACAGCAAGAUGACUCGGAUUCUUCAGGACUCUCUGGGCGGGAACUGUAGAACCACCAUUGUUAUUUGCUGUUCUCCCUCUGUCUUCAACGAGGCUGAGACCAAGUCAACACUGAUGUUUGGGCAAAGGGCCAAGACCAUCAAGAAUACGGUGUCUGUGAACCUGGAAUUGACGGCGGAAGAAUGGAAGAAGAAAUACGAGAAAGAGAAAGAGAAAAACAAGACUCUGAAGAAUGUGAUCCAGCAUCUAGAGAUGGAACUGAACCGAUGGAGGAACGGAGAAGCUGUGCCUGAGGAUGAACAGAUCAAUGCUAAGGACCAGAAGACCUUGGAGCCCUGUGAUAACACCCCCAUCAUAGAUAAUAUUGCUCCUGUUGUUGCUGGCAUCUCUGCAGAGGAGAAAGAGAAGUAUGAUGAGGAGAUCUCCAGUCUCUACAGACAGCUGGAUGAUAAGGAUGAUGAAAUUAACCAGCAGAGCCAGCUGGCUGAAAAGCUAAAGCAACAGAUGUUGGAUCAGGACGAGCUUUUGGCUUCCACAAGAAGAGACUAUGAGAAGAUCCAGGAAGAGCUGACACGUCUCCAGAUUGAGAAUGAGGCAGCCAAAGAUGAAGUGAAGGAAGUUCUCCAGGCCCUGGAAGAGCUGGCUGUCAAUUACGACCAGAAGUCACAGGAAGUGGAGGACAAGACCAGAGCCAAUGAGCAGCUGACAGAUGAGCUGGCCCAGAAAACGACGACAUUGACAACCACACAGAGAGAACUGAGCCAGCUACAAGAGCUUAGCAACCACCAGAAAAAGAGGGCUACUGAGAUUCUGAAUUUGCUGUUGAAGGAUCUGGGGGAGAUAGGUGGAAUUAUCGGCACCAAUGAUGUGAAGACUUUGGCAGAUGUGAAUGGAGUCAUUGAGGAGGAAUUCACCAUGGCCCGCCUGUAUAUCAGCAAGAUGAAGUCGGAGGUCAAAUCCCUGGUGAACCGCAGCAAACAGCUGGAGAACGCCCAGAUGGACUCCAACAGGAAGAUGAAUGCCAGUGAGCGGGAGCUAGCAGCCUGCCAGCUGCUCAUCUCCCAGCAUGAAGCCAAGAUCAAAUCCCUGACAGACUACAUGCAGAACAUGGAACAGAAGAGGAGGCAGCUGGAAGAGUCCCAAGACUCGCUCAGUGAAGAGCUGGCCAAGCUCCGGGCCCAAGAAAAGAUGCACGAAGUCAGCUUCCAGGAUAAGGAGAAGGAACAUCUGACGCGGCUGCAGGACGCAGAGGAAAUGAAGAAGGCGCUGGAGCAGCAGAUGGAGAGCCACCGGGAAGCUCACCAGAAGCAGCUGUCCAGGCUUCGGGACGAAAUCGAGGAGAAGCAGAAAAUCAUCGAUGAGAUUCGGGAUUUGAAUCAGAAACUGCAACUGGAACAGGAGAAGCUCAGUUCUGAUUAUAACAAGCUGAAAGUAGAAGACCAAGAGAGAGAAAUGAAACUGGAAAAGCUCUUAUUGCUCAACGAUAAGAGGGAACAGGCCAGAGAGGACCUCAAAGGGCUGGAGGAGACAGUGUCUCGGGAACUGCAGACUCUGCAUAACCUCCGGAAACUCUUCGUCCAGGACCUGACUGCCCGGGUUAAAAAGAGCGUGGAGCUGGACAGCGAUGACGGAGGGGGCAGUGCUGCCCAGAAGCAGAAAAUUUCCUUCCUGGAGAAUAACCUGGAGCAGCUCACAAAGGUUCACAAACAGCUGGUCCGGGACAACGCAGACCUGCGCUGCGAGCUGCCCAAGCUGGAGAAGCGGCUGCGGGCCACGGCCGAGCGCGUCAAGGCGCUGGAGAGCGCGCUGAAGGAGGCCAAGGAGAACGCCAUGCGGGACCGCAAGCGCUACCAGCAGGAGGUGGACCGCAUCAAGGAAGCCGUUCGAGCCAAGAACAUGGCCAGGAGGGCCCACUCGGCCCAGAUCGCCAAGCCCAUCCGCCCCGGACACUACCCGGCGUCAUCUCCAACGGCUGUCCACGCCAUCCGAGGGGGAGGAGGCGGCUCUUCGAACUCUGCUCACUACCAGAAAUAAAUACGAGUAUGGCUCUCCACGUAGCAUGUCAAGGACUACAUUAAUCACCAAUUCCUUUAUUUUUUUUCCCCUCCUACACAGUUUCCAUUUUCUUUUACACUUGCUUACCCAGCCAUCUGCAGUACACCAGUUUCAGAUAUUUGAGCUGUGUAGAAUCUGUGUGUGUACAGACGUGUGCUUGGACUUUCUUCCUCCUGAGAAAUCUGACGCGGACGAUUACGGAAGGAACCCGCUUACUCCUGGGAGCCAGCACCAGGGACUCGGCCGUUGGGUGGUCUCUGGGCGGUCCCUGGAGCCUCCUUUCUGGGUGGUGUGCUGUCCCGGCCAACGCCCACCCUCGGGUGCCGCGGAGACGGGGGAUCAUGCUCUGCUGCAACUGUCUGGUUUCCUGUAAAAAAAAAAAAAAAAAAAAAAGCAAAAAACAACACAUGUUACUUUAUAUUUUUUAGGGAACAAAAAUGCUGCUAUAAGGUUUCAAAAUUUUCAUUCUGAACACUUUUCCGGAAAAAAAAAAAAAAAAAAAAAACCAACCCCAAAGAAGCAUUUCGAAUACCCCGGUCACAUCUUUGGAUCUGUAAAAUCCACCCUGUAGUAGGGCACCUGUUAAUCUGACAGUAGCAAUGUAGAGUUUGUCCGUUCGAACCCAUCCACGUAGAUGCAAAGAGUCAUCAAGUUCGCCCGAGCUGCUUGCUCCUGAACCUCGGCGCCCCGCGCCCGCCAGCCCCGUGUGAACAUCCGUCCGUCCUUCCGAAGUGUAGACCACCUGCCAAGCUGGAUGAGUGGCCGGGGGCGGCCCCCUGCGCCCCCCUCCCUGGCCCCGCGCUUGCCCUGGGGGGCCUCCUGUAGGGCACCAUCUGCAGCCUUGAGGGGUGCUGCGGUGAAGUCCAGGAUCCCUCCAGCAGUUGGAAAAGGAAGCCCUGGGCCGGGGGAGGGAGGGAGGGACCCCGGUUUGUGCCUAUGAGUAAGUUGUUUUAACCCUUCGUUGCUGAAUGUUUGAGUUCUCUCUCUAGCAUCAGAUAGAUUUCCUCGUCUUAGGCCGAAUUAGAAGAAAUCGGUAUGGAUGGAUUUUUUUUUUUAAUUUUUUUUUUUUUUAACAUUUAACUACUGGUGUCUUCAACACACGAAUUUAAAGCUGAGUCAACUCUUAACUUCCAGUUGCGGAUUUUAAAAAGGAUUGAUUUCCAAGCAGUGGAGUCCUCGGGGAAGCUGACUCGGAUUCAGUUAAGCUGGUCUCGUGCGCUGCUACCAGCCUCGACGCGGCGGAGGGUCAGUGGGCGACCGCCAGGCCCGUCCUGUCGCUGCGCCUGCCCAGGACCCGGGAGCUGGCGCCGUCCCUGCUGCUGUCACCACUGAACGAAACGUCAGCCGGGGACACCUCGAGCUUUCUCUUCACCGUGUGAGUUGUAGAGCGAGCGAGCCAGCGUGUGUGCGUGUGUGUGUGCACGUGCAUGUGUAAAGCACUGAGGACUGCGAAUCCCAAACUUCUCUUGCAUAAGAUUCCCCUAACACAGCGAGGCUGCUUUGACUUAAUUUAUUUGUUAAAUGUUGCACUUUGUUUAUAUGUGUUUUGCUUUUUGAGAGGAGCAAGGAGGCGACAAAUGCUACUGAAGUAUUUAUUUCACAAAGAUGACGGUUUUCCGCAUUCAUUUACACCUUAAACAUUCUUUUGAUUUUUCUCAUGUUGCCAGCACUUGCCCGAUAGAGCUGCUCGGUGGCUACCUGCCGCCCUGUAGAAGGGUCCUGGUAGGGCAGGUUUUGCAAACUUUAUCAGGUAAUAACAUAUGCCAUAGAUUAUAAUCUUGCUGUUAAUAUUGGCUCUGACUUUAGAAGCUGCGACGUUGGUCUUGGGGAGGAUCGCCAAUUAAUAGUUGUCACACCACUGUUGUCUGUUACGCAACUGUAUUCAUGUGGAGAUUGAACCAAGGUCAAUAAUUCUUUGCUUGUUACUUGAUUGUCUUAAAUUCUUUCCAAAGUAACUUUCCCCUGGGCACCCCUGUUCUGUUUUUUUUUUUUUUUCCCCUGUUCUGUUUCUGAAGAACUGCCUGACCCUUUGGUGUGUCAAAAAGAGCUACGUGCUUCACUUGUGGCUCCUUGUUUCUUGAUCUCCACAAGGGAUUCCUAAAAUUCACACUACUUUUAUUCACAGAGAAAGUUGGCUUCGAGGUCUCUUAAAGAUGAUUUUGCUACUUGCUGAUCAGCCAGUCAGUUCACCUAGCUGCAGUCUUUAUAGGACCUCUAAGCUGACUUUCCUACACUGUGACUAAAAAGUGGGCAGAUUAUUGGGAUGGAUUACACAGCACAUUCCAGGGGAUCCCUAAAUAUUACUUUAUGUGAUAAACUGAUAUCACGACCAUAUCCUCUGUAGGCCAUUUUUUAAAAAGCCACAUUUAUGCAAUUUUCAUUUUUUAAAAAAUUAUGACUCCUUUUCAUUUGUACUCUGAAUAUAAAAACCACACUUCAGAAUGGCUGAGCCUAUGAUCACGUAUUUGGUUGUGUGCUCCUUUUAGCUAGGAAGAGAGAGAAUGAGUGCGUGUGUUUUUCCUCUGUGAAGAAUUUUGUAUCAUGCUACUUCUUGAAAGUUUACUUUUUUGAUGCUGUAAGGGAAUAGCCAGAUGGUUUAUACAGAUAAUCUCUACCUGCAGGAUGGUGGAUUGUUAAAUUAGAGAAAUACUGUUUGGGAUAUCAAGACUUAUGGUUGGAUUCAACUUAACCAAUUGCAUUUUUAUAACGUAGUAUAUUCCUUCAUUGACUGUAUUAUCAAUUCAUAAAGUGCUUUUAAAACCUAAAAAAGAUUUAUGGUUGGAGACUAAACUAUAUUAAUGCCAAAUGUGUUUUGGUCGAUUACUAGAGCCUUCUGUACAAAUGCAUCACCUCUUCAAAUGCUGUACAGUUUGCUUGUUUGAAGGGCAGGUAGUAGGGAGGUGAAGCGUGGGGUAACACUUAAAGGAAAUAGUAUCAUGUGAUUGCAAGAAUUAGAAUUCAUAGAAAUAUUGGGAUAAAUGAAGAAAUAAACAUGUUUGUCUAGAAUGUAGCACCUAGUGACUUUUUGAUGCCCUGACUUGACAUGAAGAAGUGCUAUUUCUGUCCAAGGCCAGACCAAGCCAUCACCAAGACUCAUGGGGAAUUAUUGGUUCUCGUUUCCUAGAGGAAUAACUAAAAACAAAUAAAAGUCUUAACAGUCCCCCUCUUUGAAGCGUUUUUUUUUUUGUUUUGUUUUUUUUUUUUUUUUUUUUAGCAGGGCAGAAGACAUUUAGAGUCUGGCUAGAUGUCAUGCUGGGGAAGUUUUUCACCAGAAGGGGGAGGAUUUCACUUCAUUGUCUCACCCUCAGCGAGCUAAAGGAAACAUCAUAUAGUCUAAUGUGGUUUCAUUUAAUACUAACAGUUUCGCCUUUCUAAAAGUAUCAAAUGAGGGCCAGGGAACUGCCCAAGGAAGCGCUGCUCCAGGAAGCUUGCUUACACAUUUACAUCUGGGUACCCGUUCUAAAGACUUCAUCGUGUGCGGAUGGAAGGGGACUGGGGCAUCCUGUGGGGUUAUACGUGUCUAGUUUGUAAAGUACGUAAUGUGCACUGCAGAUGUGUGUUCUCUGGGCUUGAUGUAUCUGUACAGUAGCUUUCAUUAAAAAUUUUGUGGACACACUUGUUUUGGUGAUUUAAGGGGGAAGACGGGCAUUUAUACCAAGUAAUGAUGCUGUAAUAUAUAGUACGUGUAACAGAAGGUCUGGAAGUAACCCUCCCCUGGCCCGUGGAAAAGUUUGGUUCUCCUCUAGGUUCUACAAUGAAGAUGUAUGGAUACUCUGGCGGCCUGCAUGUUGUAUAAUUUGAAAAAUACUAAGAGUGGAAAAUAAAAUGGAGUUAAACUUUG